AUGAGGGACUUGAAAGAUAGACAGAGGAAACAACUACUGUGCUUUCAGAGAGAGUUUGGGUCGUUAAGGCUGAACAAAAGCACGUGUAGCAAAUUAUCUUCUGUUUCUAACUGUGAUGACAGAGAAAAGGAGCACGUUCACAGGUUCGUAAGUCCUUCUCAUGACCUUAGGAUAAAGUCUCUAGAAAAGUCAAAACUGUUAGAUUAUCCAGGAACGAAGGAGAAAGUGACCUUGGAAUCUCUAAGUGUAGGUCAUGAACUUCCAACAGUAGAGCACGAUGCCUACUUCGAUGAAAGUUAUAAUAUUGUUCCUUUACCUAGAGGAGUGGCUGAGGAAGACAUUGCUACCCCUGUUAUUGGCAAUGAGUCUGGUAUGUGUAAAGCUGGCUUCACCAAAAAUGAUGCUCCCAUAGCCGUAUUGCUCUCUAUUGUUGGAAGAACUAGACAACAAGUGACUGUGGAAAUGGAUGGAAAGGACAGUCAUGUGGGAGACGAUGCUCGACCGAAACGUGUUAUCCUGACACUGAAGUACCGAAUUGAACAUGGUAUUGCGACUAAGUGGGGUGAUAUGGAGAAGAUGUGGUACCACACAUUCUACAAAGGGUUGCGAGUGAUAACAGAGAAACAUCCGGGGUUGUUGAGAGCAGUUUCAUUGAACCCGAAGGCAAACCAUAAGAUGACAAGGAUCAUGUUUGAGAGUUUUAAUACACCAGGUACGUGUGCUGCUACUCAAACGGUGUUGUCACUAUGUACACUAUGUACAACUGGUAUAGUGUUGAACUUAGGUGGCGGUGUGACCCACACAGUUCCGAUUUAUGAAGAUUAUGCGUUGCCUUAUACUGUUUUGCAAUUGGACUUUGCUGGUAGAGUUCUUGCCGACUUUAGGAUGAAGAUCCUGGCUAAGACAGUCUGCAGUUCCUCUGUCUAUUCGUGGAACAUACUCAGGCGCAAACCACCGGACAUCGUUUUACUCUAUAGUAAGUCUAGAGUGGCACCUAUAAAACAGGCAACUGUGCCUAGACUGGAACUAACAGCGGCAGUAUUGAGUGCUAGAAUGGGGGAAGUUUUAAAUAAGAACCUUCCUCAUGUGUUUGACAAGACUCACUUCUCGAUGGAUUCUAUGAUAGCACUGUACUAUAUAAAAAAUACAGAUAGUAGGUAUUCCACCUUCGUGGCUAAUCGUCUGGCCGCUAUUCGUCAUUUAACAUCUGUGGACCAGUGGGGGCACGUAGAAUCCCAUGAAAAUCCUGCUGACUGGACAUCACGAGGCAUACGGAAGGAGCUAGAUUUAAAGAACUGGAUUGAGGGUCCUUCCUUCUUAUGGAAGAAAGAGUCUGUAGGAACACUGACGCUUAUGUGCGAAAACCCCCCGGAAAAUGUUGAAUUUAAAAGAUGCCACACGACCAACGCAGUUGCGCUAAAACAUAGCUCAAGUCCAAUUCUGCUAUAUCACUCAAAUUGGAUAAAGCUGAUUAAAGCGGUAGCAUGGCUCAGAAGAUACGUGAUCUAUGUAACCAUCAUGUACUCCCAUCACGAUGACAGGUCCCUAAGUGUGGGCUAUCUGUCAGUUGAUAAAUUGGAUGCAGCUAAACACAAGGUAUUAGCCUUAGUGCAAAAGGGAGUGUAUGGGGAAGCAGUUAAAGUGUCUCGAUAUAGUGGCGUAAGCGCAACUGUUAUAAAAGAGCUAAAAAAUCUUUCACCUACGCUAAUCGAUGGAUUGCUUUGUGUCGGCGGACGAUUAAAUUACUCGGAUUAUCCACUCUCAAUCAGACAUCCGGCAAUUUCACCCAGUCAUCACUUCGUAACAGAACUUAUUAUUAGACACCAUCAUCACCUAGAAGGUCACACCGGGACAUCACAAGUGUUAGCUACCAUACCACGAAAUUAUUGGAUUGUUAAAGGAACCAGUGCAGUUAAACGAGUGAUAGGUAGAUGUGUGAGGUGUAUACGCGCGAAGGCCACAUUAGGCCAACAGAUGAUGGCACCUCUCCCCAAGUGUCGAGUGCAGCAAGGCUGGUUUUGCUUCUCCUCCGUCGGGAUAGACUAUUUUGGGCCGUUGAUAGUGCGUCGGAGAAGAAGUGAGGAAAAAAGAUAUGGAUGCCUAUUCACGUGUCUCCAAACACGUGCCGUACAUUUGGAAGUAGCUUUCAAUUUGAGUACUGAUGCUUUUAUAAUGGCUUUAAUACGUUUCAUAGGAAGGAGAGGAACUCCUAAUGAAAUCUAUAGCGACAAUGGAACUAACUUUGUCGGGGCCACUUCCGAAUUACGGGCUAAUAUGAGUGUGUGGAACAAGCAUAGAAUAAACGACUUAACAGUAUCGAAGGGUAUACGCUGGCAUUUCAACCCCCCACUAACUAGCCAUCGGGGCGGAGUUUGGGAGAGGUUAAUACGGUCUGUUCGUGGGAUCUUACUAUUUAUUUCCAACGGGCAAAUAUUACACGAUGAUAG